AUGGCGAGAGCACGAGGUGGAUGCGCAUCCGAAGGCUCAGCCGCCUCCAACGAGCCUGACACGGCACAAUCGGCGUCUGCCGCCAACACCUUGGCUGCCACAUCGACGAGCAGCGAAAACGGGGACACUGAAACGUCUGCAGCUGGUGGUCCAUCCAAAGAUUCGUUCUCGUACCACGCUGUCGAACUGGCACCUACUGAUGCGCUCCCCUACUUCGACCGAGAACUCGAACUGCAGCCUGGCCUUCGGUCGCGUGUCGAUGCUUUAAUAGCAGAAGAACAAGCGUCCAUGUCUCCCAUCUCUUCCACAUCAUCGCGUCUUCCGCCGGUAUACGAACUUUUCAGCACAAGACCCGAUCUACGCACCGAACUCGAACGUGUUGCUUCUGGCCAACCGUCAACACAUACCCUCGAUACCCACCGCUACACGCUCCCCUCCCCCACCUCUGGCGAAGCAGCAUCUCUGUCUGACUGGCAAGCAGCUGUAGACUCAGCACACGCCCAACUGGGCCAUAUGGAUGUUCGAAUGAAAAACAUCGAGCUCCUGAAAAAGUACGGAAGCAACGCCUGGAGGCUGUCCAAUUUCCAACAGGAACAAAACAUCCGUCUGCUAUCCGAACAGCUCGACUUGGUGAAAGCAGAAACAAGCGAGAUCAACAGGCUGAGGCAGAAGAACCACUUGGAGGCUGGCGGUAAGCUGGCCACGUUGAACAAAAGAUGGACUGAACUCAUCUCGAGAGGGCUCCAGCUCGAGGUUGCUAACAUCACCACAAGCCAAGAGGUGGAUAUGCUGAAAAGUAAGAAGCGGAAGCUCGAGACAGAGUUGAGCCUGUUGGAGUAG